GCGGCGGAACUAGGAACGCCUGGGCGGUUGUGGGCGGUGUGUAGCCCGGGGGCGGGACCGGCGACGCGGGUGCGGAGCUGCGAAAUCGAGCGCGGGGCUGCGGGCGGCAGUGGCCGCCGCCCCGAGACAGAGGCCGGAGGGGGUGCGCGCUGCUGGGAAGUGCCGGGGGUGGGGUCGCCUGCGCCCGCGUUGCCCGCCCGCCGCCUCUAAGCUUUGCGCAGGCGAGGCUGCUGGGGUCGGAGCGCGGGGCUCCGGCCAGGUCCGCGUUUCCGCCCGCCGCGACCUGCCGAGCGACCCUGGUGAGUGCCUGGCCCUGUGCGAGCGGAGCCUUCUCCUCGGUCACUGGAGGAUGAGAAUGGAGCGCGUACCUUUCAGGGGUGUUAUGAGGAGUGGAAGAAUAAAGUAAAUAAAGUGCUUAGUGUGUAGUAGAGAAGGACUGGAAGCAAGCUGAAUGCCUCACUCGGGUACCUGUUAAGAAACUGGAGCGCAUCCACACCGUGGAAUCUCCAAGAGCGGCUAAUGAAGAAGCGUUGUUAGGUGGAAAAGCAAGAUACAAAGUAGAGUGCGUGUCCAGAUGCCCACCCGGCUGCCACAGGGGAUCCCUCUGGGAGACUGAAGGGCAGGCUCCCAGGCCAGGUUGAGGCCAGCUAGUCCUGAGCUUUAGGCCAGGGGAAUGGCAGCACCCCCAGAGCCUCAGGAUGAGGCCUCUGGGGAGGGAGAAGGGCUGCUGAUCGUGAAGGUGGAAGAUUCCUCCUGGGAGCAGGACUCUGCCCAGCAAGAAGACAGCAGGGAUUCUGAGGCCUGUCGCCAGCGCUUUCGGCAUUUCUGCUAUAGGGAUGUGGGCGGGCCCCACGAGGCCUUCAGCCAGCUGUGGGAGCUCUGCUGCCGCUGGCUUCGGCCGGAGCUGCGCACCAAGGAGCAGAUCCUGGAGCUGCUGGUGCUGGAGCAGUUCCUGAGCGUGCUGCCCGAAGGCGUCCAGGACUGGGUUCGAGAGCGGUGUCCAGGCAGUGGCGAGGAGGCCGUUGCCUUGGUGGAGGUCCUGCAGAAGCAGCCAGUGAAAGCAUGGCCACAGGAAGUGCCCUCAGAGGAGGCGGAACCCGAGGCUACAGUCCAGGGACCCCAGGCCAAGGGGCUUCCCAUGAAGGUGGGGGCACGAGGCUGGCCACCCGCACCUUGGGAGCAGCACAGCCGUGGUGCCCGGUUUCCUGCUCUUAAAGAAGGGAGUACCCGAGAGACGACCGACCCCUGCUGUGCCUCUGAGGGCCACGGACCUGUGACAUUUGGAGACAUUCCCUUCUAUUUCUCCCGGGAAGAAUGGGGGUCUCUGGACCCUGCUCAGAGGGAGCUCUUCUGGGACAUAAAGCGAGAGAACUCCCGGAAUGUUGCCCUGGCUCUGGUCCCAGAACCCAGUGGAACUGAAGAGGCCGCCCCCUCUCGGCUUGCGGGUUUGGGGCUCAAGAGCCAAAGCGAGCAAUCAGGGCUGGAGGAGGCGGCGACGCUGCCGGGCCAGGGCGGCGGCGGCGGUGGGCGCGGCGACGUGACUGUGUCCUGGCGCCCCGAGGAGGCCAAGGCCUGGGAGGGCGUGGUCCGGCCGGGGGCGCCCCUUGGCCGCGCGGUGGGGGCGCGGAGGGGGCGGCCGCCCACGCGCCGGCGGCAGCUGCGGGACCUGGCGGCCGAGAAGCCGCACAGCUGCGGCCAGUGCGGCAAGCGCUUCCGCUGGGGCUCGGACCUGGCGCGCCACCAGCGCACGCACACGGGCGAGAAGCCGCACAAGUGCCAGGAGUGCGAGAAGAGCUUCCGCAGCUCGUCGGACCUGGUGCGCCACCAGGGCGUGCACACGGGCCAGAAGCCCUUCUCCUGCUCCCAGUGCGGCAAGAGCUUCAGCCGCAGCGCCUACCUGGCCGACCACCAGCGCAUCCACACGGGCGAGAAGCCCUUCGGCUGCAGCGAGUGCGGCAAGAGCUUCUCGCUGCGCUCCUACCUGCUGGACCACCGGCGCGUGCACACGGGCGAGCGGCCCUUCGGCUGCGGCGAGUGCGACAAGAGCUUCAAGCAGCGCGCCCACCUCAUCGCCCACCAGAGCCUGCACGCCAAGAUGGCCCAGCCCGUGGGUUGAGGGCUGGCGAGGGCCCUGCGGCCCACCAGGGGCUGGGGCGGGGUGUGGUCUCCCCAGGGCGAGGCAGCCGCCCCCGGGGUUCUCUCCGCAUCUGCCGCCUCUAUCCCGGCUGCCCAGCCCCCUCCCCGGGCCUGGCCCACACUCCCAGGGAAUGUAAAGCCCCGAGCACCUCGCGGCCAUUCCCUUUCUUGCUUCCGGGGUUUCUCUUGCCCUCUGGCUUCCUGGGGCCCCAGCACAUUGCUGGCCCGUGGCCUCAGCCUGGGAGAAAGGCUUGGGCGUCAGAGACUGUGAGGACUCUGGCAGGGCCUGGGGUCCCCCCUCCCCAGCCUUGCUUGCCCCGUGGCUCUUUCUUCCCUGCCCUGCCGGCUGAGUCCGUGGGCCUGGCCUUCUGCCCUGCCAAGCUGUGCCUUCCGGUGGGUGUGGAGGACAGGCCUUGACCUGCAGGCUGCUGCUGGGCUCCGGGAGGGACAGCUGAUUGAUCGCUGUGAGGAUCUGGGUCCUGGGUGUGGCCACAGGGGCUUUCCAGCCACAUCCCCUCCCAUUUCCAGGCCAUAACCACUUUGCCUCAUCUGGAGACGUGGAAACUGCCUGCCUCCUCUCUUAGCUGGCUUGCCCCCCCAAGUGAGUCCCUGUGAGAGACCCCCUGCCAAUCUGGUGAGGGUGGUGGGGGCUCAAGGGACAGGAGGCCCACACUGAAGACCAAGGACUGGGCUGGUGGAGGCUGGCUGUUCCCCGCUCCUCCCCUCUCCAGAGGUGUGGGGUUUGUGACACUUAACACUAGCACUCCGUCAGCGCUUGGUUGCUGACUCCCUAAGCACUGCGCUCCACGUGCUGUCUGCAUCGUCCGCAGACCGGCAUUCACAGGGACAGACCACAGGCUCCCCAAAGGAGCUUGGCUCUGCUGGUCUCAAAAGGGGAGCAGAGGACGUUGAAUAAAUAACGGAAACUUCCUCUA